UUCUGUGCAGUGCUGAAGUUCUGCUGCUGCAGACAUGCUGCCACAACCGGCCUUGCUCAUGCUCGUGCUCGUGACGUCAGCGCUAGCUUCCCCACCUCACAUCAUCUUCAUUGUCGCAGAUGACAUGGGUUGGAAUGACGUGAGUUUCCACGGCUCAGACCAGAUCCCGACUCCUAAUAUAGACGCUCUGGGCUAUAAUGGCGUCAUUCUCAACAGCCACUAUGUUCAACCCCUCUGUUCGCCCACAAGAGCUGCACUAAUGACUGGUUUAUACCCCAUACACACAGGUAUGCAGGGCUACCCAAUGUUGGCGGCAGAGCCUCGGGGACUGCCCCUCAGGAAGAUCCUGCCGCAGUAUCUCAAGGAUUUAGGAUACGUCACUAGAGCAGUCGGGAAGUGGCAUCUGGGGUUCUACAGAAAGGAGUUCACACCUACAUACCGAGGGUUCGAUUCACAUCUUGGAUACUGGACUGGAUCCAUAAGCUACUACGACCAUAUUGUCCAAGAUAUUUACCCUGAUGGAAACAUUUUGAGUGGUCACGAUUUCCGGAGGAAUAUGGACACAGCAUGGAACCUGGAAGGGCAAUACGCGACCGAAGUGUUCACAGAGGAGGCCCUUAGAAUUAUCGAGCAACACGACACGGGCAAACCGCUGUUUUUGUACUUGAGCCAUCUUGCCGUGCAUGCUGGCAACACUGGGAAACUGCUUGAGGCGCCACAAGAAAUCAUCAACACAUUCAGACACAUCAAGGAACCCAACAGAAGGACUUACGCCGCUAUGGUGUCGCAGAUGGACGAGUCUGUGGGCCGAGUGGUGGAGGCGCUACACAACAGGCGAAUGCUGAAUAAUUCCAUCAUCGUAUUUAUAUCCGAUAACGGCGCCCCCAGCGUCGGUGUCUUCCAGAACUGGGGCUCCAACUAUCCUCUCAGAGGAAUCAAGGCCACGCUGUGGGAGGGAGGUGUUCGAGGGGUGGCACUGAUAUGGAGCCCAUUACUACGUCAGCCAAGUCGUGUUUCUGACGAGCUGAUGCAUGUGUCUGACUGGCUUCCAACGCUCUACAGCGCCGCGGGUGGAGACAUCACCAAACUUGACAGCAAUCUUGAUGGAGUAGACCAAUGGAGUAGUCUCGUCUAUGACGAGAAGUCGCCUCGUCGCCAGGUCCUAGUGAACAUCGAUGAACGAGAGAAAACUGCAGCCCUCAUAAUUGGCGACUGGAAACUGGUUGUAGGAACGUUUGGCAACAAUGGCUCACUGGAUGGAUAUUACGGUAACAGCGGCAACAGCGCUUCCAACCCCAGAUAUAACACGUCAUCAGUUAUCAACAGUCGAGCCUGGAAAUCCAUUGCAUCAACAAGAAGGCCUGUUACACAGGCUGACGUCAACAAACUGCGUCAGGCCGCAACAGUCAGCUGCAGCAAAGAAACAUUUGUAACUCAAACGAACUGCAAUCCUUCAAUAACCAAUACUCCAUGUCUGUUUAAUAUCCAUGAAGAUCCCUGCGAGCAGAAUAAUCUGUCAGGUAGCAGUACUGACAUUGUUACAGCAAUGUACAAUAUUCUUGUGCGCCACAGACAGAGCCUGAUCCCGCAGCUGAAUCGGCCUUGGGACAUAAGUGGUGCAGACCCCGCAAGAUUCAACAGCACAUGGAGCUCCUGGCUGGACUGAGUGAGGAGGCACCCACAGAAGUCUGCACAUUGAACUGCUGAAUUCAUGUCGGGUCUUUCCCGUGUUCCAAUUUGUAUUCAGCACUGCCACGUGACGCAAGAGAAAGCUCACUGAAGCGGCUUAUGAAAGACUGUCAAAGAGAUAAUCCAAAUAUAAAUUGGGUUCUUGAUCUAUAUCUGUACAUCCCACGUUUGCUACAUCUCAUCUAUGUUAAAAUCUAGGAAUAAAAGGAGCCUGCUCCUCUGGAAAACGAAAUCGUGUGGUCCGCAAAUGUUCACCGAAGUUUUGGAAUCACAUACAGGUUCAAUCUUCAGUGUCGAGGAGUAAGCUAAGCAAGAAAACAGCAAUAAACAAGCAUCAAGCACAACAGAUAUUUGCGUAUUCUUCAGCCCUGAAGAUGGAGGCAUUAUAUUUCUCCGUAACAUCAAUGAGUUUCUACAGGCCACACGGCUUCAUAUCCAAAAUAUAGUAAAUCUUGGUAAUUAAGGCUGUGACAACCUCAAAUCCUAGCUACUGUCUUUCAAGGGAUAAAAAAAAUAGCUGAUGUUCCUUAUUUAAAAAAAUAAAAAGGACGCUUAUGAAAUCA